AUGGAUCUCGAAAAGCCCGGCUUCCAGGAGGAGGGCAUUGCGCAAAGUGCCUCCCCCCAUAGUAGCAAUAUGGCUGCAUGCACCGACAAGCGAGUCUACCUCUCACAAUCUAGCCAGUCUACCAUGCACAUUGAACCUUCAGUGGAAAGAAAACUCCGUCUCAAGAUAGACCUCGCAAUCAUGCCCACUGUGGCACUUCUGUAUUUGUUCUGUUUCAUUGAUCGCGCAAAUCUUGGUAAUGCCAAAAUCGCGGGCAUGGACAAGGAUUUACAUAUGAAGGGAUACGACUACAACAUCAUCAUCACCUCUUUCUAUAUAUCCUACAUCGUCUUUGAAAUUCCCACUACCAUGCUAUGCAAGUACAUGGGCCCUGGAUGGUUCAUACCGUUGACCACCAUCCUCUUCGGCGUUGCAUCCCUCGGAACCGCGUGGGUGAACACUGUACCUCAAGCCUCGGGAGUCAGGUUCAUCCUUGGGAUUUUUGAAGCUGGAAUGAUGCCGGGGAUGGCGUAUUACCUAUCUAGGUGGUAUCGCCGCGCCGAGCUCGCCUUUCGAAUCUCGCUCUACAUCGUCAUGUCACCACUCGCAGGUGCAUUCGGUGGUCUCCUUGCCUCUGCUAUCCUCAAGCUUGAUAGGUUCGGUGGCCUGCAUACCUGGCGGAUGAUCUUUGCUAUCGAGGGCAUAGUCACCAUUGGCCUCGGGUUGAUGGGGCUUCUCACAUUGACGGAUAGGCCGGAAACAGCCCGUUGGCUUUCUGAGGAGGAAAAGAUUCUAGCAGUGGAGCGAGUGAAGGCCGAAAGAGUGGGCACCACCGAGAUGCUCGAUAAGAUUGAUUCAGCCAAGAUGUUCAAGGGAAUUUUCAAUCCUAUAACACUCGGAACCGCUACAAUAUUCCUUCUCAACAACGUUACCGUCCAGGGCCUCGCCUUCUUCUUACCUACCAUUGUGGCAACAAUCUAUAAAGACGCCAGUGUUGUUCGCUUACAGCUACAGACCGUUCCACCCUAUAUCGUCGGUGCCUUCUUUACCUUGCUCUUCCCGCUUCUGAGCUGGCGCUUCGACAAGCGGCACAUCUUUUUCGCCAUCUGUGCGCCCAUCACCAUGAUUGGAUACAUUAUGUUCCUGGCCUCCCAUGAGCCAAUGGUGCGUUAUGGUGCGACUUUCCUGGUUGCUCUGUCUGUCUUCCCAUUUGCGCCCUUGGCAAACGGCCAAGUGAGCGCCAACGUCAUCAGCGAUACGGCCAGAGGUGCGGCAAUCGCAACAACUGUCAUGUUUGGGAACAUUGGUGGCCUGGUGUCCGGUUGGAGCUUCUUACCCUGGGACGCUCCCGAUUACAAAAUUGGAAAUGGCCUGAAUUUGGCAACGUCCUCGACGGUGCUUGUGUUGGCGAUGGCAAUGUUUGUAUGGGUUAGGAUCGACAAUGGGAAGAGGAAGAGGCGCGAUGGUGCGCGAGAACUGGAUGGUCUAACUCAGAGUCAGAUCGAAGAUCUGGACUGGAAGCGCCCCGACUUCUUCUGGAGAUUGUGA